AUGGCUGGCAUGAGUGACAGCAACUUAGAUAAAACAACCAUUAUUCAGCAAGCAAUAGCCUCUUGUUGUGGAGCUAUAAUUACAUCAUUGUUCGUAACUCCUCUUGAUGUUAUCAAAACUCGACUGCAAGCCCAAAGCAAUCCAUUCUCCAAAGGAAAGUGUUUUGUAUACUCCAAUGGCCUUAUGGAUCAUAUAUGUGUUUGUGAGAAUGGGGACAGCAAAGCAUGGUAUAAAAAACCUGGGCAUUUCAAAGGGACGUUGGAUGCAUUUGUGAAAAUUAUUCAGACAGAGGGAAUUAAAUCACUGUGGAGUGGACUUCCCCCAACACUAAUAAUGGCACUCCCUACCACAGUAAUCUAUUUUACCUGCUAUGACCAGCUGAGUGAAGCUCUGAAAUCUAGACUAGGAAAGGACAAUGAGCACAUUCCAGUUCUUGCAGGUUCCUUAAGCAGAUUUGGUUCAGUUACCGUAGUGAGCCCCCUGGAGCUGAUCAGGACUAGAAUGCAGUACCGCAAGUUGUCCUACAAGCAGCUGUACACGUGCAUCAGCAGUAAAGUGGCAGCAGAUGGGUGGUUGUCCCUGUGGAGGGGCUGGAGUUCUACUGUCCUGAGAGAUGUACCUUUCUCAGCAAUGUACUGGUAUAAUUAUGAACGUUUCAAGAGGAUGAUGUGCAAGGAAGUUGGUGCACGUGAACCAACGUUUUUUAUUGCUUUUACUUCAGGAGCAGCAUCUGGCUCUAUUGCAGCUGUUGUAACUCUGCCAUUUGAUGUAGUGAAAACACAUAGGCAGACUGAGCUUUGGGAGAGUGAGACCUUAAAAAUUCCACAGAGGGACGGUUCUUCAACCUGGGCAGUUAUGAGGAAAAUUGUCGCUAAAAAUGGGAUUACUGGAUUAUUUGCUGGUAUCAUUCCACGGCUGUUUAAAGUCGCUCCUGCUUGUGCCGUAAUGAUCAGCACAUACGAGUACGGGAAGUCUUUCUUUUCUCAUUUAAACGAAAUGAACCAACGUCCUUAG